AUGGGCCGCACGUCGUAAGCUUGGAAGCUAAAAAAACAAACUAAACGUUAAAAGGUAAAGCCUGGUAACGUACAUCAUCGGAUGGGAAUUCUCGCAACUGGUUACCAGUGAGACUGACAACGUGCACAUUUCGGUCGCCAAGGAUACCAAUGAGAAGCAGAAGAUCAGUGGCCAGAUGCACAAGCGAAACCCCACAGACACAAUCCGCGAAGUUGUGUUCGUAAAAAGAGGUCCACUGGCGAUGUGA